CCUCUCCACUCCCUCCGAAAACAAACCCGACCCGAAUCGGAUUUCAACAAGCACGGAUCGUCAUCCUCUCCACGUACGCCCAUGGCGCAUUACGCACUCCCGCCCUAUUCCAAGCUCCACGACGCCACUCCCCUUUUCCUCUCUCCAGUCUUCUCCUCCUCCGCCAAAGCAACCAACCGUCGAAACCCCCUCGUCAGGAUGGCGGGACACGUGUCGACUGGCGGAGGCGGCAACGUGGCGUCGUUCGAAGAAGGACACUUGGAGCGCCCUCGUUGGACAGGGGAGACGCCGCUCUCUCGUCUGGUAGGUGCUCUCAUCUCCAUCAAGCCUCUCUACUCUUUCAUGAAGCUCGGCGCCAGACGGGUUUUGAUCAGUACGGCAGAGAAAACGAACAUUCCAUGGCGAGAUAUGACGAAAGAGAUUUUGGAAUCUGAAGUUUACAAGGAAUUGGAAUGCGUUGAAAAUCCCGCCAUUGUAUACCCCGACUAUUAUCUGAAUCCAUUCCAUGCAUAUGAUGAAGGCAACCUUUCAUGGCUGGCAGCAGCUGAGGCAGAAGCUGCAACCAUGUCAAUGGUAAGACGGGCGAUACCUGAUGCUCCCUCAUUAGAUGAAGCAAAUAAAAUAGUACGUGGAAAUUGGCUUCAAGCGAUUGAGCAACAUCAUCUACAAUAUUCAGGAAGUUCUACAAUCAGAGAUAUUUUAGAUGUUGGUUGUUCUGUGGGAGUAAGCACAAGAUUUCUGGCUGACAAGUUUCCUUCAGCUAAUGUUACUGGGCUAGACCUGUCACCUUACUUUCUUGCGGUAGCUCAAUACAAGGAUAAGAGAAAAGCCCCAAGGACCAAUCCAAUUAGGUGGAUCCACGCAAAUGGCGAAGCCACGGGAUUGCCCUCAAAUUCAUUCGACAUUGUCUCUCUUGCCUAUGUGCUCCAUGAAUGUCCUGCACGGGCGAUAGUUGGGCUGCUAAAGGAAGCUUUACGGCUGCUUCGGCCUGGAGGCACAAUUGCAUUGACAGAUAACUCACCAAAAUCGAAGAUCCUUCAGGAGCUGUCUCCAGUAUUAUUUACUUUGAUGAAGAGCACAGAACCUUUUCUUGAUGAAUACUAUAUGCUGGAUCUCGAGCAGGCCAUGAGAGAAGCUGGAUUUGUGACCGUUUGCACAAAUUUGACGGACCCCAGACACAGAACCGUGACAGGGACGGUGCCCCUAUCACCUUAGCGUCCUACUAGAACCCUGUAUGAUAUGUUUAAUAUACCAAAAUCAGAUAAUACUCUGUUUGGGAAUCAAUGGUUCAGCUAGCUAACGAACCAGCUGAGUCAACUCAUAUCAGCGUCAAAAUGAGCCGGUUUUUGUAUAGCUCGCGUCACUACAAGACUUAUCCAAGUAUUUUUGAACUCCCCUGAGUUCUGUGCAGGCUCAAUGAGUUUUGUAUAACUCAGGCAUCUUUUGUGAAUAACUGAAGAUGGAUAAGAAUCGAAUUGGGGAUUUAGAACCA